AUGGAGCGAAAAAAGAAGAAAAAGCAAAAACUCAGCAAAUCACAAAUUAUCGCAAGCCCCUCUCUCUCAAAGGAGGAGCUGCGAGAAGCGAUGAAGAGUCAAAACGACGCCGCUCUGGCCCUUACGCGUAAGGUAAUUGCUUGUGAAGCAAGAAACACUAACUUCGUCUUCUCUCCGGCGUCAAUCAACGCCGCGCUCACAAUGAUGGCUUCCGGCACCGGCUUCGUCUCCGACGAGCUUAAGGCCAUUUACAGAGAGAUCUCUGCCGUCGUCUUCGCUGACGGCGGUGCAACCGGUGGCCCCAAAAUCGUAGCGGUUAACGGUGUUUGGGUCGACCAAUCACUCCCGGUUAAUCAUUCGUUGAAAGAUCUCUUGGAGAAUGUCUUCAAGGCUACUUUCACUCAAGUUGACUUCAGAUCCAAGGCUGAGCAAGUGCGUAUUAAGCUGAAUCAAUGGGCUUCAGAUCACACCAAUGGUUUCAUCCGAAACCUUCUCCCUCCUGGAUCCAUUACAAGUGUAACCAAACAGGUUUAUGGAAACGCAUUAUACUUCAAAGGAGCCUGGGAACACAAAUUCGACAAGUCCUUGACGAAAAACAAAAAGUUUCACCUUCUCGUUGGCGAACCAGUAAGUGUGCCUUUCAUGAGCAGUCAUAAGAGCCAAUACAUUAAGGCUUACGAUGGUUUCAAGGUCCUUGGACUACCAUACAGACAAGGCCGCGGUAUUGAUGACGAUACCAAACGCAAAUUCUCAAUGUAUUUCUAUCUUCCGGACAAGAAAGAUGGAUUAAGUAAUCUUUUGGAGGAAAUGACAUCAACUCCUGGAUUCUUGGAUAGUCAUAUUCCGGAACACAAAGUUACAGUUGGAGAUUUCAGGAUUCCAAAGUUUAACAUUUCUUUCAUGUUUGAGGCUUCUAGGGCUUUCGAGGGAGACGUUUCAGUGACGAUGUACCAUCAAGCUACUGUCCAGAUCGAUGAAGUAGGCGCUGAAGCUGCGGCUGUCACUUAUGUUGGAGUGAAGGUAGGCAUGUGCCGUAGGAAGCCUACUCCUCCGAAGUUGAUAGAUUUUGUGGCUGAUCAUCCAUUUCUUUUCUUGAUUAGAGAAGACAAAACCGGAACGGUUUUGUUCGCUGGUCAAAUACUCGAUCCU